GGGCAGGCGGGCCAGGCGGAGCGGCUGGGGAGGCGCGGCCCGGGCUGCUGCAUUCGGCCUGGCCAUGGCAGCGGCACCCCUGAGAGUGUGCAUCGUGGGCUCGGGAAACUGGGGUUCCGCUGUUGCAAAAAUCAUCGGCAAUAAUGUCAAGAAACUUCAGAAGUUUGCCUCCACAGUCAAGAUGUGGGUCUUUGAAGAAACCGUUAAUGGGAGGAAAUUGACAGACAUCAUCAAUAACGACCACGAAAAUGUCAAAUACCUCCCUGGUCACAAGCUGCCGGAAAACGUGGUCGCCGUGGCCAACCUCGGCGAGGCCGUGCAGGACGCAGACUUGCUGGUGUUCGUCAUUCCCCACCAGUUCAUCCACAGGAUCUGCGACGAGAUCACCGGCCGGGUGCCCAAGAAAGCGCUGGGAAUCACGCUGAUCAAGGGCAUAGACGAGGGCCCCGAGGGGCUGAAACUCAUCUCCGACAUCAUCCGAGAGAAGAUGGGCAUUGACAUCAGCGUGCUCAUGGGAGCCAACAUCGCUAGUGAGGUGGCCGCGGAGAAGUUCUGCGAGACCACCAUCGGCAGCAAAGUCAUGGAGAACGGCCUCCUCUUCAAAGAGCUCCUGCAGACCCCGAACUUCCGGAUCACUGUGGUCGAUGACGCCGACACGGUGGAGCUCUGUGGUGCCCUGAAGAACAUCGUGGCCGUGGGAGCCGGAUUCUGCGAUGGCCUCCGCUGUGGCGACAACACCAAAGCCGCCGUCAUCCGCCUGGGCCUCAUGGAAAUGAUUGCCUUUGCCAAGAUCUUCUGCAGGGGCCAGGUGUCCACUGCCACCUUCCUGGAGAGCUGCGGGGUAGCCGACCUGAUCACCACCUGCUACGGAGGGCGGAACCGCAGGGUGGCCGAGGCCUUCGCCAGGACAGGCAAGACCAUUGAGGAAUUGGAGAAGGAGAUGCUGAAUGGGCAGAAGCUGCAGGGACCUCAGACUUCUGCGGAAGUAUACCGCAUCCUCUCACAGAAGGGACUCACCGACAGGUUCCCGUUGUUCACCGCCGUCUACCAGAUCUGCUACGAAGGCAGACCGGUCCAGGAGAUGCUGUCUUGCCUCCAGAGCCACCCAGAGCACAUCUAAAGCGAAUCACGCCGCGCGCCGCGCUCGGGCAAGUUCUGCCUUUCUCGUCCGUGUCGUGGCUC